ACCAUAUCACGUAGGGACAACCAACCAACCACGCUGGCAUUCUAGAAGAAGAGAAGGAUGGCAAGAAGAAAGUCCAAGCCAGACUCUAAAGCAUUCGGCUUGGCCGACCUGAUGGCCAUGAAGCUGGUCAACUUCAGGCGCAGCCGCAUCAUCAAGCUGGUAUGCGCCAUCGUCCUGCUCAUAUGCGUGGUCGCUUUCUUCAUGCCCAAGCCGACGGGCGACGAGUACUAUCGGGACCGAGAGCAGGAGGAAGUGUCGCCGCCGAUGCCGGUGUUCAGGAAGGACCGUACGCCGGGCAACUUCGAGCCCAAGCGGCACGAGCUGCGCAAGGUUAAGGGACCCGGCGAAGGCGGCGUCGCCUACCACGUACCCGAGCGAGACAGGAACAGCGCGGCCGACUCCAACAUGCAGUACGGCAUGAACAUCGUGGCCAGCGAUCACAUUUCGCCCAACCGGAGCGUCCCGGACAUGCGACUAGAAGAGUGCAAGUACUGGGACUAUCCCGAGGACCUGCCAACGACAAGCGUGGUGGUGGUCUUCCACAACGAGGGCCUGUCAGUGCUUAUGCGGACCGUGCACAGCGUCAUCAACCGCUCUCCGCGUCAGUUUCUCAAGGAAGUGGUGUUAGUCGACGACUACUCUGAUAAAGAGAACCUGAAGGGCGAGCUGGAGACGUACAUCGCGCACAACUUCCCACGAGGCCUGGUGCGCCUGCUGCGCAACAGCGAGCGCGAGGGCCUGAUCCGAUCGCGGAGCUACGGUGCGGAGCAGUCGCACGGCGACGUGGUUCUCUUCCUGGAUGCCCAUUGCGAGGUGGGCAUCAACUGGCUGCCACCGCUGCUGGCGCCCAUUCGGGCCAACAGGCGCGCCAUGACAGUGCCAGUCAUCGAUGGUAUCGACAAGGACACGUUUGAGUACCGGCCCGUCUACCAUGGCCGGCAGCACUUCCGUGGCAUCUUCGAGUGGGGCAUGCUGUACAAGGAGAUUGAGAUUCCCGACGAGGAAAUAAAGAGGCGGAAAUACCACAGCGAGCCCUACAAGUCACCUACACAUGCUGGUGGUCUUUUUGCCAUCAAUCGCAAAUACUUCCUCGAACUCGGUGGCUACGAUCCUGGCCUACUGGUCUGGGGCGGCGAGAACUUUGAGCUAUCUUUCAAGAUCUGGCAGUGUGGUGGCAUGAUCUACUGGGUGCCGUGCUCACGGGUUGGGCACGUCUACCGUGGCUUCAUGCCCUACAGCUUUGGCAAGCUGGCCCAGAAGCGCAAGGGACCUCUCAUCACUGUGAACUACAAGCGGGUGGUGGAGGUGUGGAUGGACGAAUACAAGGAGUACUUUUACACCCGAGAGCCCUUGGCCACCUACUAUGAUGCCGGCGACCUGACCAAGCAGUUGGCACUCCGCGAGAAGCUCAAGUGCAAGAGCUUCCGCUGGUUCAUGAAGAAUGUUGCCUACGAUGUGCUCAAGAACUUUCCCUUGCUACCCAGGAACCUCUACUGGGGAGAGAUCAGGCAUGAUGCAACCGGCCAGUGUCUUGAUGCCAUGGGUGCCCAUCCACCAUCAACGGCAGCGUUGUCGGCCUGCCACGGAACCGGAGGAAAUCAGGUGUUCCGGCUCAAUGCGGAGGGCCAGCUGGGCCUGGGUGAGCGGUGCAUGGAUGCCAAUAGCAACAGCAUGGACGUGGUGUACUGCUCGCUCGGAACCGUGGACGGGCCCUGGGAAUACAGUGUGGACACCCAGCACCUCUACCACAAGACGCACAAGAAGUGCCUGUCCUACAGCAAGCGCAACUACAAAGUGCACCUUGAAAAGUGCGACGACAAUAGCCUAAACCAGCAGUGGACGUUCCACGAGAUUCAGGACUCUUAGUGGCCUCUGCCUGGAGGUCACAGGCUAGCCCCCCUGCCAACAGUUAUUACGGUGCUCUCUCUGUGAACCUGCUUGCCACCCCACACAGGGUGCAUGGAGACUUGUUAGCCAUUUCAUCUUCUUGUUGUUAUUAUCUUUUUUUUUUUUUUUGGUGGCUGGAGGAUAUUUCUUCUUCCAUUGCACCUAGACUUCGACGUUUCAAGGACGGCAUUGAAUGCACGGCAUUGUCACAACGUGGACACAGUGUGUACUGCAACUUCUGGUGAGUGACCAGUGAGCACUUCUGACUUGUUCGCCGUUUGUGAGUCGGUCAACCCAACCCACUUCGUCAUUCCUUUUGGAAUCUGCAGACAUCUGCAAUUGCCAUCGGCAUCUCUUCUCCAGUAUCCUGUUUUUUUUUGUUUUUUUUAAGUCCAACAUCCGGACUUGCAGAUGCCUCUGGUCCCUGCCGAGGUGUUGUGUGCGUAUGUGUGCAUGUGUGUUAUGCUAUGAUGUAUGUGAUGUUGACUGUUGAAGGAAAUCGGCGUGGACUUAUCCAGGUAUGAUGGUGUACCGCUGCAGGCGCAAGUGUGAGAUGACACGGAGCAGCAGUCAGCACGUUUGGUCUUGCUCAUUGUCUUUUUUUUUUCUUCCUUUUUUUUUUCUUGUGGGGCCGUGUUCGACGUUAUCGCUUUUUAAUAUAUUUUAAGCAGGCUGAUGUUCUUACUCUAUUUUUUUUUAUAUACUAUGCUGCCCAGCCUAGCCGGCAGACCUUUCUCUUUCACUCUCUUGAACACUAAUUUCUAGAUUGGUCCUAUUCAUGUCUUUGCCCUACCUUUGCCUGUGAAUCAUGGAACUUUGCAGUGAUCUUCACUCUUCUGUGAGUGCAGCGAGAGACUCUGCAUUCUACGACUAAGCUGAGCUGGUUGCGUUAAGCUUUCUUUCUUUCCUUGUUUUCCUUCAUUCUGUGGUUUUCAUCUGUUGACUACAACUUGAUUUUCUAUUGUAGUUUCUAUUUCCUUGCCUCAUUAUCUGCCCGACAGGAUUCACUGAAAUACUUUCCUUUGAUGAUGGUACGCCCAAAUCUGAUAUAAGUUCUCUUCUGAGAGUUGUGUGAAAUCAGCGAUUUCACAGUGAUACAAAGUGAACUUUUAUGAAUGUGUGCAUUUUUGUUGAAUGACUGGGAAGACAAAAAAAAAAAAAGAAACCACAUUUUAAUCUCUGAAACAUCAAAGAGUCACUGAUUCCAGAAAUUCUCAGUUUUUGGCUGUCAGUGAAACUUGAACCCUUUGCAGAAACUGGCAGACUGGCCAAAUGCACCGGCACCUACCUCUCUUAUCUGACAUUCCUACUAUAUCCUGUGUUACAGUCUGACUGUCUUAUCACAGGCCAAAGCUGUACAUGUGUUCAUGGUUUUGAAUCAGUAUCCCAGCUCAUUUCUACUGCCCUGUUUAGCACGAAUUGAGUUUCAGCUUGGCUUCAAGCUGCCUCGAAGCAAACUUAAAUGGGGGGACAUUGGGUCAGAAGCAGCAAUAGUUGCCUAUCUUUAUUCUCAUGAUUUCUCUCGUCAUUAAUUUCUCUUUGUGGUUAUUGCCUGCUCGCCAUCUCUAAUCGGAGCUGUUAAGCGCUGUUGAGAUGGGCUUUGUUGUUCGGUUUCUGCGCAAAUUUACAAUUUUAUUUUGAGGGUAACUUUUAAUCCCCGUGAUAAAGUUAAGCAAUAUUAUGGGAAUGGCCUCUAGCAGCACCGGAACCAAAGCCAAUGUUGGCCCGCUUUGGCUCUAGAUCAGACAAUGUUGGCACUGUUACUCAGAUUGUGUAUGCUUCUCUAAAACUUUUCUCGAAACGUUAACUUGUUUCGAGGGUCGUUUGUACUUCAUUUAACUGAACAUUCCCAAAACCAUUCAUUAAAUCAUGUUGCUUUCACAUCUGCUGCUGCUGUUAUUUUUUUUCGGUUACACACUGCUUCUUAUCAAUGCUAAAAGUGGCACUAGAGGCAAUUGUUAAGUUAAAGUGAUGCAAUUUUUGCAACCAAAUUAUGAAAAGAAAAAUUUUGCACGGGGGCUGUUUUAUGCCUACAUGGAGCUAGGUUUUUUCCAGGUCCGAAAUUACAUUGGCAUUUGGUGACACAUAUUUUUUUAAGUUGCAGAAACUCUCGCGGCUUCUCGCACACAAACGGAUGACACUUACCAGACAUGAAGGUUGGGAAACACUUACGGGAUAUUUUAAUCUGAUACUAAAGUUGGUCUCGAAAUGGCAGGCAUGGCGUAAUCAACUUAAUUGCGAUAUCAUGACAAAAAGAAAUUUGCCAAUGCCAUGUAGCAAUAAGGAUAGUUAUGACGACAUUGCUCGUAAUGAAAUAAACGAGAGCGCUGCGCGCAUUUCUUGUGGCAGCUACAGCAAUUACAGGAGUGGAACGAGCCAAUGUACAGCGAUGCCAUGACACAUCCAUUGUAUCCACAUUUAGGGUACUGAAACCGAAAUUGGUUCGUAGAAACAAGUUUUCUAGUAAAUAACUUCGGGCACUCUGACACUUGCCAGAAUUUGCUUCUUGGGUUUGAAGGGUUUGGAUUGCCAUUUAUUGCAAAAAUAAAAAAAAAUAAUAAUUGGCUAGUCAAAAUUGUCAUGUCUGUAAUUCUUAAAAGCUGUAUUAUGAUAAUAAGGUGGCCUGGUAUAGCAUCCGUCUGGCUUCGUUAGCAUCACUGGAGCCUGCUUACAGUGGAAGUAAUUCUUAGUCGGCAUCUCGUGUAAACUUCGUGGUGCUUUAAGAGUGGUAUAAAGCAACCAGUCAAGCAUGCCAUAAGUUGUCUCCUGACAUAGUACACAAUUUGGUAUUUCAACAACCUCGACUGAUUCAAUGUUCAUGCCUCUAGUGUCUCUUUAUAACGUGUGAUUCGAGUGUUGAACGCCGCAUGCUCGAAGCUUGGUUCCUUCAUGCCUUCAUCAGAGCUUUAUUCUGCUUUCUUGCUUGUAAACAUUGCUGUGUAAGCUCAGUGUGAUAAGAGCUUGCACUUAUGUGGUAAGAUUCUCAGUAUCAGUACUGUUUUUCCUUUUAAAAACAUUUAUCAUCUCAUUUUCUUUACUUCUUGUUUAAGUAAUUAGUGGAAUAUGCCAUCUGUACGUGUAUUGUGUGUGCAUUGUGUCUAGCGGGAAUCAAUACCCAUCUCUUUUCUUUUUGAUGUUUGAUUUUUGGUAUUGAAUGAUCACGCGAAUAGCUUGAAUUUGCUCAUUUAAUUGCUGACAGUUUAUUUUUUAUGUUUUUCAGUAAAUGUUGAAACUGGGAAGUGCAAUGCCAAGUGCCACUUUUGGUCUCUAAGGCAAUGUAUGCGAAAACAUCAAGUGUGUGCGUGUGUGUGCAUGCAUAGAGAUUUUUUAUUUUUUCCCUUGUUUCUUUUUUACACUGUUGUGAGCGUUUGUCGCUAGUUCCGCGACAGUUGUCAUGUGCCUUGAAAUAUGCAUCUUACAAGUGAAAAAAGAUAUAUACACUUUACGUGAAUGUUUCAGUCAGGAAUGCGCUUUUUCGUAGCAAACCUUCCUGAAGUACCCAGGUAUAGCUGUUCUAAGUGGUUGAAAAAGGAACAUUUGGGGCCAAUGGUACUAUAUCGCAAGUGGUUUAGGAAAAUCCUACGGUGCUCUCUUUCCUAAGCUAUGGAGAGUUUAGAAGUAGGAGCUCUACGACGCUGUGGUUCAGCUUUGAACCACAUAAUGUGCUAGCUGGCACAUGACAGUUACAAAGUAAUACCUCUGUCACAUGAACAGUUUUGAUCCUCAUUCAGUCAGUCUGCAUUGAACUUUCCCAGUGUCAUAGAAGCUCGAGUGAGUUAGGAGUCAAGCAUGCUUGAAGGCAACACAUAGCAGUGAUCAAUCUGCAUUGACUCAACAACACUUGAAAGUCUUCAUGUGGCAGUGGUAUUAAACUAGAACACACCUCUCUGACUCGCGGUGGUGGCUCAAGUGCCUAUGCCACUGUGCUGCCAAGCACGGAAUCACUGUUUUGAGACCUGGCUGCAUUCCAAUGGGAGCAGAAUGCAAAAAUGUUGGUGUACUUGGAUUUAGGUGCAUUUUGAAGAACUCUAGGUAGUCAAAACUGAUUUGGAAUCCCCUGCGUCGUCUCUCGUAGGCUGCAACUUGCUUUGGGACAUAAACCCCACAAUUUUAUGUCUCUCUUAAUACCCCUGCCACAUGAAUGUUUUCAAAGAACAUUCAAAUCGAAUACAACUGAAAUCUGAGCACCAUUAGCUCCAUUCCACUAGUUUGAGCAGAUGAGCCAAUAGGGUUCGUGUAAGCCAAUACUGCUUGGCUUCAGUUGUCUUUGAAAGCACACGUGUGACAGGAGUAUGAAAUUUGUCAUCUGAAUAGGAUGUUUUAUUUGGAGAUUGAAAUGUUGAGGAGCGGGGACUUGUGGCAAAUGCCUGAUUUAAUUAAAAGGUCAGAGUUUUUGCGAAACAGCUUUGUCCCGCCCAAGCCCGCAGAAGAAAUAUCAUGAUAUUGAACUUCUGUAGCCAUGGUUCUUUUCUUGAGAUUAUGAAUGUGUGUUGAAUGCGGUGUCAAUAACAGGCCACACAUGACGUAAUUAAAUAUUGUAUCACAGUUAGGGAGUCAUUAAGGCAUUCCGUGGACUUUUCACUGAAUGUCAUCUGAAGCUAUCUGUGAUCUCUCCACUUUUUCCGGAUUUCCUGGAGUGUUCUGACUGCAUGCUAACGUUUUAAUAGCUUAGGACGUGUCUUCACAUUUCAUUAAGAUAAAUAUGAGUAAUUAACAAAUUACAUGGUUAUUCUUUGUUAACAAUUGGGCAGUUGAAAAAAAUUGUACGCAUUUUGUGCUUCUGGUGUACAUUUGUAACAGUCAGUGUUUUCAAGACUGUUAAAAAAAAGCUUCACAGUUUUUGUGAAAAAUGGAAGAAUUUGUGUAACACAUUGCAUUACCUUUAGAGGUAAACAAUUUUCGCUGUUUUAGUUCAAGGUAAAGAUUGUGUACAAGGGAUCAUCGUGUCUCUAAAAGUUGCUAUGUGUAUGCUGAUUGAAGUUGUCAGUGGACAGCUUUAACAAAGUUAAUAAUGUUGCUAGAGUAGUUAAAUGCUGGUUGCAUGCAUGAUGAAAAAUUAUAUGAACUGAAUGGUACACUGUAGUUCACUUAAUAUGGUUACCGCUCAUGAUACUUGGUGUCAUGUGCUAGACUGUGUAAUGCGCAUAUGUAAAAUAAUCCCGAAUAUAACAGUAUACAGUUGGAACAGUGGAUUUACUACUUUUUAAUUAUCGCUAUGCAAGUGGAACGCAUUAUUGCAUGCAAUUUCCACUAUCACAUUUGAACCUGCAGGAUUGCAACUCUAACACUCUUUCAGAAAAAAAAAAAUGCAACAAGGAAAUCCUAGAAAGCUAAUUUUAAUGUAUACAGGUGUGGUUGACAUAUGCAAUUAUAUGACACAUCUUUUGUGUGUUUGUGUGGUGACACAGGUACUUCAAGUUUUCAUUUGACGUGUGUGAUGCGAAGCUUUGGAAGCAAAGGUAAUUUCAAAGAAAACAUUCCACUGUCAUUAGCAUCGUUGUGCAAUACAUGAAACGCAUGACUUUGGUGUGGACGCUGCAAGACAAUUUUUACAUGCCACAUUGAGUAAUAAAAUACUAUGAUGGCUGUGUCGUAUGGAA